ACUUAUUUGGGUACGACGUAUCUGGACGUUGCUAAAGGCGCGGUUGAGGUCUUUAUGAAGCUGCGUGCCCGAGACCCGGCUAGUAGAGGCGACAGGUACAUGCUAGUUACAUUCGAUGAUCCACCAUACGGAGUGAAGUCAGUGUUGGGCGGCUUCCCGGUGGCGAAAACACGGCAAAUUUUUCCCCCAAAUAACCGCAGACCCGGAGCUGCACUGCCUCCGACCAUCCAGCGGACAUUUUGCUUUUGUGUUGAGAAAAGUCUCGGGCGUUGAGAUGGAGGCGGAGAGAAUUAUUAUCUCCUAUGACGUCGAUCUUUUUUUGAAAGUACAAUAUUUUCAUUGGUCAAAGAGCCCGCCAAUCACCAUCUACUCCUCCCCGUGCAUCAUCCACGCAUUACUAUUGGCCAGUCUGGGCUGAAAGUUGAUAAGCCCUCUUCAUCAUGAUAUUGUUUUAUGCGGGCUGGAAGGAGAACCAUUCUACCUUCAUGUGCGAGCUGAAGAACCUGCAGGCAUCCGGGCUGACGACAUUAGGUCACGCUCUCCGCACAGCCUUUGACCUGCUUAACCUCAAUCGCCUCGUCUCAGGCAUCGACAACUACGGACAGGGCCGUAACCCUUUCUUCCUCGAGCCAUCUGUGAUCAUCACCAUCACUGAUGGCAACAAGCUUACACACAGCUCUGGGGUGCCAGAUGAGCUGCACCUGCCUCUCAACUCUCCAUUGGCGGGCAGUGAGCUGACCAAGGAGCCCUUCCGCUGGGACCAGCGUCUGUUUGCGUUGGUGCUGAGGCUGCCGGGAGCAUCCACGCCAGACACCGAGCAGCUCGGCAGCGUCCCAACAGACGAGUCCGCCAUCACCCAGAUGUGUGAAGUCACCGGAGGGCGCUCGUACUGUGUGCGGACCCAGAGGAUGUUGAACCAGUGUCUGGAGUCUCUGGUCCAAAAGGUUCAAAGUGGUGUUGUCAUUAAUUUUGAGAAGACAGGGCCGGAUCCGCCUCUCGUUGGGGAAGAAAACUCAGUGGAGUCAAGUCGUCCUGUGUCGUCCUUCAGCUCGCAGCCGUGGCACAGUUGCCACAAACUCAUCUACGUGCGACCGAACCCGAAGACAGGGGUUCCAGUUGGGCAUUGGCCCAUACCAGAGUCCUUCUGGCCGGACCAGAAUUCUCCAAGCCUGCCGCCUCGCUCUGCACAUCCCAUGGUGCGUUUCUCGUGUGUGGACUGUGAGCCCAUGGUGAUAGACAAGCUUCCCUUUGACAAGUAUGAGCUGGAGCCAUCUCCACUCACCCAGUUCAUUUUGGAACGGAAGUCUCCGCACAUGUGCUGGCAGGUGUUUGUUAACAGCAGCGGGAAGCAAAGUGACCUGGGACAGCCAUUUGGCUACCUUAAAGCCAGCACCACUCUCACCUGUGUCAACCUGUUUGUCAUGCCUUACAACUUCCCAGUGCUUCUCCCUCUCCUCGAUGAUUUGUUUAAAGUGCACAAACUAAAACCAAACCUCAAGUGGCGACAGGCUUUUGAGAUGUACCUGAAGACGAUGCCUCCGUACUUCCUCUUGCCCUUAAAGAAGGCGUUGAGGAUGAUGGGUGCACCUAAUCUUAUUGCAGACACCCUGGACUGUGGCCUGAGUUACAGUGUUAUCUCUUACCUGAAGAAGCUCAGCCAGCAGGCAAAGAUGGAAUCAGAUCGUCUCAUCGUGUCUGUGGGGAAGAAAGCUCCCCAAGAAACCGGCAUAAAAGUGAAGAACCACUCCAGCACUCUCUCUCUGGCCCACCGGCAGGACUUUAAGCAGCUGCUGCAGGGCAUCACCGGGGAGGGGCCCCUUCGCCUGGUGGACAUGAGCUUCAAAGAGUUCGCUGGCUUCCAGAUCGCUCUGCUCAACAAGGAUCUAAAACCUCAAGCUUAUCGAAAUGCCUACGACAUCCCGAGACGGAACCUCCUGGAUCAACUGACCCGGAUGCGCUCCAAUCUGCUGCGGACGUCGCAAAAACUGAUCCGAGGGCAAGACGAAGACUACCUGCACAGUAUUCCUGUGUCUCAGAUGGGAAACUAUCAGGAGUACCUAAAAAUGAUGCCGUCUCCUCUGAGAGAGAUUGACCCUGACCAACCUAAGCGCCUGCACACGUUUGGGAAUCCUUUCAAGCAGGACAAGAAGGGGAUGAUGAUCGAUGAGGCAGAUGAGUUUGUAGCGGGCCCUCAAAGUAAGAAAAGAGGAAAUUCCAACGAUUCCAACUCGAGUGCGACUGUGAAGAGGAGGCGGAGCAUGUCCCCGUUACUGCGGCGACCGCUGACUCCACCAGCGAGCACCAACCACGUGGUGGCGGUAAAGAGUCCGGUCGAAGUUCAAGAGCCGCUCCUCAAACCCAUCCCACUGCACAAAGGAGAGGAAGACAACAACGCGGUGGUCGCUGAGAGUAACGGUGACGGGGUUCUGGAGCCUGAGUCGGGGGAGAUCUGGCCCACUGAGAUGGACUCUGUAGCAGAGAGCCCAUCUCCACUGAACCUCGAGGAGAAGGCCGGGCUGGUAGACGCAGAUCGGCCUGAGGACUUCGACAUGACAGAGGAAACACUAGUGGAAGAUAGUCUAGAUGAGCAGCCGCUGGAGGAGGGAAACAACUGUGACCGACUGAGCCCACAGAGCCAGCUCGAGGACCCUGAAGCUGACCCUGAAGCAGACCCUGAAGCAGACCCUGAAGCUGACCCUGAAGCUGACCCUGAAGCUGACCCUGAAGCUGACCCUGCAGCGCUAGAGCCCAUAUUCAUAGCCCCGCUCGACGGCAGCCAAGCAGAGCUGAGGAGCCAGAUCGUCAAGGAGGUCCGCAAACCUGGGAGAAACUACGAUUCAAUACUCGGUCUACUGCAGCAGGUGAAAGGACCAGUUAAUGUUCGAAAGUACUUCGUCCAACAUGCUAUCAAAGAGGCUGUCAGGUUCAAGAAGCGGGUACUGAUCCAGCAGCUGGAGACGUCCCUCGCUGAGUUGGGGGAGAAGCAAGUGACACCCUCAGAGCUUCCCAACGAUCACGGCAGCAGUUAGUGAUGAAGCCAGAUUUGCUUUGUUACUAGAAAAGGGAAUGAAGCUCUUAUUGUGUUGACUGUUCCAUCACCCUAAAAGACACGUCCUUGUUGACUAACCUCUAAAAGACAAACUGUUGAACUGGGGGGCUAUCAAAUGCACUGAUAGCAGGCGCUCCCACUGUCCCUGUGCUGUUACAUGACAUCCUGUUAGAGGCAGAAAGUAAAGGGUUUAACGGAUCCACAGAGGAUGAGGCAAGAGAUUUAAAGUAUAAUCCUCUCCACAUUGACAGAUGCCUUAAACAUCCAUAUGGCUUUAGUCUGUAUCGGCACAUUGUUCAGUCGACACACACACACACACACACACUCCGUCAGGCAGAUACACAAUAAGCCUUCAGAUCCUAAAACGGCAGAGCAAGGGAUGGACAGGUACAUUCCUGUUAUUGUUAUUCUUUUAAAAAACAGACCUUUCUUCAGCUGGUCUGAAAAGUGUUUGUAAGACUGCAACCUUUUUUUUUCUAUGAGUAAUAAAAUGUUGUGCAUUCAUGUAGAUUCAUGGCUAACGGGUACGCCUCAUAUUCUCAGUGUCAUAGCGGCAGAAAGGAUGCACUGACGUUUUUUAACAAACUGUUAUCUCAUAUUUUCCUUGCCUUAUCAGCUGAUAGCGAUAUGCUUUAGCAUUAGGGGUGGGCGAUGGGAAUAAAAUCUAUGAGCACAUAUGCAGUUUUAUGUUGCAGUAGCAAUAUAUAUAUAUCAAUUUUUCAGAAAUUCAAAUUGGAAAGACCCAAAGGAAAAUGCCUGACUCAUGGUAUAUGUUGUCUUAUCGCCCAACCCUAAUUAGCAUUGUCUUUAGUCUGCAAAUCCAAAAAAACUCAUUCAUCCAAUGAAGUGGCUUGUGUUAUUGGGAUCAUUUUGUUACUAGUUGACAUGCUCCUGGAAACAAACUUCACACACUGUUGCUUUUUUCCACUGAAUUUGACCUAAUAGCACGUGUGUGUGUGUGUGUGUGUGUGUGUGUGUGUGUGUAACAUCAGUGAUUUGGACUGGAGAUGAACUUGUGUCCAUGAGACAGUUGUGUUCACUGCUUUAUUGAUUCAACAUUAUCCUCUUACCUGCCAUUACAGCAAUAGAACAUGAGGUCAGUGAACACAGCUGUUCAUUUAGACUUUACUCCUCCAUCACACACACACACACACACACACACACACGCACACAGUCCACACAUUUCCUCCACAAACACUCCAUUGAUUCCCAGCAUUAAAACUUUAUUCGGAGGAAAUCCCCACAUCUGUCCAGGCUCAGUCGACCUGUUCCAGCUGGUAAUUUGCCCUGAUCGUUUCAUAAAGCCAUGUUGGUGCUCCUCCUUUUGUUUUCCUUGUUUUUAUGACAGAUGUACACUACUUUUUGAUGUUCAUAAGGAAUAUAGAUUAUUUUUGUGAAUUUGUUUAUUUCAGAGUAUAAGAAAUAUUUUGAAUGAAAUGUUUAAAGCCAAGUUUGUAAACUGUUAAAUACAUAUAUAAAACAGAAAGUUUUAUGAACCUCUUUUUUUACAAAACAAAAAAUAAACCAGUUAGAAUGGUA